AAUGUAUGAGUUACAAAGCAGUCUUCAAGGCAGUUACAGAAGCAUCUCUUUGACUGCAGCUGAAGAAUUUCUCUUGCUUCACAACUGAGAUAAGAAGAUGGCAACACAUUUCAUUUUAGUGGGUCUGCUCUGCCUCUGUGGCCUCUCCCAGAGUAAUGAUUGUAAGCGGGAACUUCUGGUGAAUGUGGAUUUUCCAGGAGCAGACAUAGCAUCUCUCUUCUCUCCUGAUGCUGAGCACUGUCAGCAGCUGUGCACCCAGCACUCCUCCUGUCUCUUCUUCAGCUUUCUUCGGCAUGACUGGGCUGGAGAUAACAGACAGUUCCACUGCUACUUGAAGUUUACUUCUUCUGGAAAGCCCAAGGUCGAGACCUCACUGCUGGGUAUCACCUCUGGGUUUUCUCUCAAAGCCUGCAACCCUGAUCCACAGCCUUGCCUGUCUCAGGUGUAUCACCAUGUGAACUUCCCGGGAGGAGACUACCGAACCUUGUUCACAGCAGACUAUGAGGAGUGUCAGAAAGCCUGUACAAGUGAUCCUGCCUGUCAGUUUUUUACCUUUCUUGAUGAGAACUUCACAACAGCAGACAUUAGGUAUAAGUGCUAUCUUAAAUUCAGCUGGCCAGUACCAAGGAUACCUAUCAUAAAACCAGUUCCUGUCAUUGUAUCUGGAUUCUCCCAACAAAUACAAAUGCCUCAAAACCAUUACCCAGCAUGUGAAGUCAAGCUUUUUCCAAAUUCUGACUUCCCAAUUGGCAACAUUGACGUUCUCCCAGCUACCUCUCCUGAACACUGUCAGACAUUCUGCUCUGCUCAUCCUCUCUGCACCUACUUCACUUACAUCAGUCAUAGCUUUAACUGUUACCUAAAGAAUAAUGCAGCCACACUGGUCCUCAAAGCUGUGAAAGGAUACACAUCUGGAUUACCAGCACGCUUCUGUCAACCACAUAACGACUGGAUUAAAAAGACUUACGUAGGAUUAGAUUUCCCAUCUUCUGACAUUCGCUAUUUCCCGACGAAUGACGUUGAGGGAUGCCAGAGAGCCUGCACUGAAGAUAACAACUGCCAGUUCUACAGCUACAUCACUAACAUCAAUCGCUGCUAUCUGAAGCGUGUCAUCACCGUGCCUGCUCCUCCUCGUGUUGUCAAAGAGGCCAAUACCGUGUCUGGCUUUUCCCUGAGGGACUGUUACAAAGACAUUGUUCCAACAAUUCCAGUAAACAAGCACUGAAACACAAUCAGUGUAAUCAAUAUCAGUGUAAUCAACAGAAAAUCAAUGUAAUCAACAUCAGUGUAAUUCACAGAAAAUAACUGUAAUCAACAUCAGUGUAAUCCACAGAAAAUCAAUGUAAUCAACAUUAAUGUAAUCUAUAUAUAAUCCAAUAAAAGAUUCAGCAGCAAGAAAUCUCAAC